GGAGGACACGUGGCAGCCGCUUCCCGUAACUUUGUGUAUUUCCGAUCACGUGUACCAACAGAAGUGCAGAAAGAUGAAAGCAUUCACUAAUAUAAAGUAAAAAAUGCUAUAGCAAAACGAAGGAAAAAAUAAUUCCCCGCAUGGAUGUUGUAGGUUGGCGUACAAUGGCCCUACAACUGAAUGGCUCACAUGUCUGUGUUGGACAAGUUCUUAAGAAGUGCAUGCCGCACAGAGCUCUACAACCAGAGACCUCAGGAUCUUCCCUUUCUGGCACAAGUUCUUUUCCAGUGGUUUGAUUCCAUGCGCCACCCUGGUGCUGAUAUUUAUCAGACAAUUCAGCACUGACUGUCGGAAAGCAGGAGGAGAAACGGCGUCUUGUCUCAGCUGUGGAAAUGGGACUUUUUCUUUUGCUGUUUUCUGUGUUUGCUGUGACUACAGAAAUAUCCAGCGCUGCUUCAGAGCCAACACAACAUUAUCUAUCAGAACACUGCCAUGACCAGGACAUCUGUGAUAGAGAGUCAGCGAAAGGUGUGAAGAUUUAUGAUGGUGAGCCAGGAAGACUGAAAUGCCCCUUGUUUUCUGGAACAUGUAACUCCAGCUUUGCCCAGUCCAAGGAUCUGAGUCUGAAGUGGUUCUGGAAGGCAAAGCCAGAUCAGGGCUCUGAGCAGCCUGUGGAUUUCAGUCUCCCAGACCACAGAAUUGUUGAACGGAAGGAGAAGUUGUGGUUCCAGCCUGCCCUAUUAAAUGACACCGGAGAGUAUGUCUGUCUGCUGAGAAAUUUAAGCUACUGCGUGAAGGCCUCGGUAGGCCUGACAGUUCUCCAGAAAAACAAUGGCUCCUGUGUUAAUGAUCAGAUGGAGACAGUCACUGCUUUGAUCCCCAUAGAAGAAAAGCAGGAGCUCACCUGUCCCGAUAUUGAAGAAUUUAUACCACCAGCAGCUAAAUAUGAUGUCACCUGGCAUGAGAAUUGUCACCCCUGGAUUAAUGGGAGGUAUGGUAACUCUGACCGCGCUGUGAAGAACAAUAAAUUCAUUUUUUACAUCAUGAGGGAAAUUCGUAAAGGGAACUACACCUGUGUGGUGAACUAUUUGAAAAAUGGCAGACCAGUGACGCUCACUCGGACCAUAAAUGUCAAAGCUGUUGGUUCGUCUCGUUUACAGUACAAACCAGUGAUCCACAUUCCAAAUAAAGAACUUACUUUCACUGUGACACUUGGAGAGACGGCUGAAUUGCUCUGUGAGGCAUAUUUUCACUAUCUGAAAGACUCGGCCACUGAAGUGUGGUGGUCUGUGAAUGGCAAAAGAGUGGAUCCAAAUUCCGACAAAAGGAUGAAGAUCAACUCCAGUGAAGUUCAUGAACAGCUGGGGCACAAGAGUAUAAGACGAAUCCUGCAGAUUGACAAGUUCACCUCCGAGGACCUGAAAAAAGACUAUACAUGCUUUGCAAAAAAUAAAUUGGGAGAGGUGAACAGCAAGGCCAGAGUUGCUGCACAAGCUUACAUUCCGUCCAUAGAGCUUGGCUGCGGCCUUGGUGUUACCCUCUUCCUCAUGGUUAUAUUAAUAGUGAUUUACCACGUGUACUGGCUGGAACUGGUGCUGCUGUACCGAGCUUACUUUGGAACUGACGAGACCGUAGGAGAUGGGAAGGAGUACGACAUCUACAUUUCUUAUGCCAGGAACACGGAAGAGGAGGAGUUUGUGCUACUUACUCUCAGAACUGUUCUGGAGAAUGACUGGGGAUAUAAAGUGUGCAUCUUUGACAGAGACAGCCUGCCUGGAGGGACCAUAACAGACGACACCCUGAGCUUCGUUCGGAGAAGCAGACGUCUCAUUGUUGUGCUGAGUCCAAAUUAUCUCCAGCAGGGCACCCAGGCCUUGCUAGAGCUGAAAGCUGGCAUCGAUAACAUGGUUCUCACUGGAAAGCUCCGAGUCAUUCUGGUUGAGUUUAAGCCUGUGAAACAGGCAGUGUAUAUAAAGGAGCUGAAGAGGGCACGUCUGGCCCUCACUCUGAUCAAGUGGAAGGGGAAAAAAUCCAAAGACACAUCUUCCAGGUUCUGGAAACAACUUCACGUGGAGCUUCCUGUAAAGAAGGUGAAAGAGACAGUGCCCUGCGAAAAAGUCAACCAGAACUUACUAGUUUAAUGUUGUAGAAUUAUUUGGAUAUUAUCACAUAGUAUAAAUAGCAGGUCAAAAACUGCACAAAUACUCAUUAAACCUACCGUUACGAGGACCUAAAACAGAAACAAACUCUGAAACCUGAAGUAGUACAUUCAAUUCCAGGAUGUUUACUUGCAUUUCGGUUGCUGUGGUGGGAUCUUUGUGGUCUGGUGUGGCUUAAAGCUGUACUGAAAGGCACUGGCAACCCCACUUGGCCUUUCAUCAAUAACACUAAAAGACAUGCCAAAGACUGCAGCUUUACAAGGGCACACUGCUGGUGCGAUAACACAUGUGCAGACAUCUUGAAAAUGAUCCGCCCGGACACGUAGUUUACAGAAGCUUUAAACUAGAUGAUUAACAUUAUGUGAACAAUUAAAUUUUAUUUGACCACAAAAAAGUUAUUUAUGUAUCUACAGCAACAUGAAAUGCUACUUAUAUGCACUUGUAAAUGUUACCAAAUUUUCCCUAUUCAGACUUUUCUUGCGUUUAUUUUUUAUUUUCUCCUAUUUUAAUUUUAUUCACUUACAUUUACUGUGCCUUUCCAAAUUUGCUACAAAGUUGGUAUAUUUUAGUAUAUUUAUCUUAUCUUUUUAUAAGCUUAUUUUAUACUUAGGUGUCCAUUUAAUUAUAAAUGAUUUUAUAAUAUAGUGUCACAGACCUGUAGGCACUAUUUUCACAUGUAGUAAGACAAAAACUGCUGAUAGUUAUUAUUUUAUUAUGAUGAACUUAUUGAAGUUUGCUAGUCAGUCAAUUAUUUAUUGCUUAAACAUUUGAUUGUUUUAAGGAACAUGAAAUGACUGAAUAUUACAGAUCGUUAAGCUUAGUUUAUUAAUGAAAAACUACAGACUUACAACAUCAAUUAAUGUCUCACAAAUCAUCAGUUUUUGGAAGUUUGUAUUUGUGUCCUGUCUGUGCCCUUUGGACCUCUGUCCCCUUGUGUAGGUGUCAUAUUUUUGUGGUGCUUAUUGUGUAAGCAUUUAUCAUAUCAAUUUAUAAUUUCUGUAACCUGUAGUUUCUGUAACAUGGCCGUUUUAUUUUUGUUAGUUUUUGUUAUUUUUUUCAAAUGUUUAUUUUUUUACUUUUGCCAGUUGUGAACCAGACAUUCAUUUAGUUAUUGGUUAUUUUAGGAGAUUUAAAGAAAAUGAUUUAAGAAGCUUGGAAAACCAAAAACUAAUUUAAGCAAGCAGUAUGGCUUUGUCAUGGUAAAUUAACAGAAUCAGAGCAUCCAACACCAAAUGUCAGUAGAUUGCAGCUUUUUUAUAACAUAUCCAUCAGUUUACAAAGUAUUAGAGAAACUAAUACAAAGCACAAACUUUAGUGUUGUCAAGGCAUAUUUUACUUAUAAUUUUCUUUCUUUUUUAAGAGUACAACCUCCGAUCACUUGAAAUGGUGAUAUAUUUAGAGUGGUUGCUGUGUGAGAUUUAAGAAUAGUGUGGCAUUGUAUUACAAAUGAUAUACAAAGGCAGUAAAUAUGUAUUCAUUUUCUGAAAGAAAUGUUUCAUACAAAGUAAAAAAUACUAAAAGUAUGGAUGAAUUUCAUAUGUUGCAUUUUCAUAUAGAAAUAGCAGACAAUUGAUAAAUACUGUAUUUAAGUCUAGAAGCUGUUUAGGCCAUAAAGAGACUUGUAGAUAUCAUUAAUUGUGAGAGACAAUUUAUUUAAUGUACAUUGGCUUUCAUAUAGUGACAUUAUGAUUAUUUUGCACAUGACUUUUCAAAUGCUUGACAUGUAAAUAUAUUUUCACAUCCCCUCGUCUUUUGUUAAUUUCUUGUAUUUUGUUGUUGUAGAUACUGUAAGUAUU